UUCUCACACGUCGUUUCUAUAUUGAUGAUAUUCUCUCAGCCCUCUCAGGUCUCAUCAGGGCUUAAUAUAAAAAGCGAAUUCUCUCUUCUGCUCGAUUUGCGGGAAAAAAAUAUUUCGAUCUGCGUCAGAAAAAAUUAUUCUAUCGUCUCUCUCUCUCUCUCGUUUAUGUUUCUCCAGAUUCUCUGAUUCCCUAAAUCAGAGACGACAGACAACGCUAUAUACCAACAUUUCUUCAGGGUUUUUGAUUUUGUUUUUUGGGUGGAAUAGUUUUGUGGAAGGGAAAGGGAAAAAAUGAUAACUGAGAGUAGUGCCGUUGUGGUAAAUGUUGAUGGAUUGAUGCGUCCUACUCCUCCUCCUCCGGUUCCGGUGGUGCCGUUGUCUCCGGAGGUUAAUAAUAAUAAUGACAAGGCGAUUGAUAUCUCCGAUGAGAAUGAACCGCUUAUUGCUUCUGCGGAAUGUCGUAUUUGUUCUGAUGAUUCUCCUAUUGACAAUCUUGAGAGUCCUUGUGCUUGCAGUGGCAGCCUCAAGUACGCUCAUAGGAAAUGUGUUCAGCGUUGGUGUAAUGAAAAAGGAAACAUUCUUUGCGAGAUUUGUCAUCAGCCUUACCAACCUGGAUAUACUGCUCCACCACCUCCUGUUCAGCCUGAAGAAACCACUAUUGACAUCGGUGGAGGAUGGACAAUCUCAGGUUUGGAUUUGCAUGAUCCUCGUCUCCUUGCCAUUGCAGAAGCUGAACGUCGGUAUUUAGAGACUGAAUAUGUGGAAUAUACUGAUUCAAAUGCCAGUGGAGCUGCGUUUUGUCGUUCAGCUGCUCUAAUUUUGAUGGCUCUUCUUCUCUUACGACAUGCAUUGACCAUAACAGACGAUGCUGAUGGAGAAGAAGACGACCCAUCUUCUAUACUAUCUCUUGUCUUGCUCCGAGCUGCUGGAUUUCUUCUUCCAUGCUAUAUCAUGGCUUGGGCCAUCAGUAUUCUACAACGUCGAAGACAAAGACAGGAAGCUGCAGCUUUGGCUACACAGUUUGCGUUGGUGCUUCAGUCAGGGCAGCCUAGAACAGUUCACUUCACGGUAUCACCAGUCUCGCCAUCAUCCUCCAUCGCUCAUGCAACUACAUCUACACAACAACAGGAUGACGAUCCUGUCUGAUGUACUCUGAUCUAAUAUCAUAAGUAUGGAGCCAUUUACAAGGAACGAUGUGAAUGAAAAUGAAGAGUUUGAUUUCCUGUAAAUUUAGAAUGCUGUAUGAGUAAAGGAUCGGAAUCAUUUGAGUUCUUGAAAGGCUAGAUCUCAUUCCAGAGGAGUUCAUUCAUUUUAUCUGUAGCUAAAAAUGUCGAUAUUUUACUGUUUCUUGCAAUAGUUUUUGCAUAAAGUUGUA